UUGCGCAUGUCUCAGUUGCAGCUUUUCUGUCUUGCGGCUUUGGUCAGUUCACAGCUGCUCGUUUAAGAAGUGAAAUAUUUAACAUAUGGUUAUAAUUCACUGUGAUUUCUCAACAAUAUCAUAGAGCAGUCGACCUACAGAAAAAAAUAUGCCGAAAAACAAAGGUAAGGGAGGAAAGAAUCGGCGACGUGGUAAGAAUGAAAAUGAAUCGGAGAAGAGGGAGCUGGUGUUUAAAGAGGACGGACAAGAAUAUGCUCAGGUCAUUAAAAUGUUGGGAAAUGGGAGAUUAGAGGCCAUGUGCUUCGAUGGAGUCAAGCGGCUUUGUCACAUUCGAGGAAAGCUCCGGAAAAAGGUUUGGAUUAACACAUCAGACAUUAUACUCAUUGGAUUACGAGAUUACCAGGAUAACAAAGCAGAUGUCAUUUUGAAGUAUAACGCUGAUGAGGCUCGGAGUCUGAAAGCCUAUGGAGAGCUUCCAGAACACGCCAAAAUCAACGAGACUGAUACCUUCGGGCCUGGUGAUGAUGAUGAGAUUCAGUUUGAUGACAUUGGUGAUGAUGAUGAGGACAUUGAUGAUAUCUAAUAUCAUGCUGGGAAGACAACGUUUCUCAGCCUGCAGCAUCCCCGAAGCCACAUCUCCAACAAUAUGUACACGCAGGUUCAAGUUUUAGGUUUCUUUGACUUGACCACAUGACUGCAUUGUCAUCUUCAAUUAAUUUUGUUAUCUUUUAAUGUAUUUAUAUUGAUUUCACAUCAAGUGGAAUUUAGCUACAACAGAAUCUCUGGAUUCGCAAUAAAAAGAUAACCAAUUUUAUGUUUGGUCUUGCAGUCUGUAUCCUAAUAGAAAUGUUUGAAAGUUUUGUGGAGUAAAGCGAAACUCAGUGGGGGAGUUAAUACUAAAUGCCUCUGUAUUUCUGAAUGUUUUUUUUCUCCCAAAUCGCCAUUAAUAAUUUACCGAUCACACAAUAUUGCAUUAGCCAAUGCAUCUGUUGUUCUUGAAGUCUCUCUCUCGUUAGCUCCUUGUUCUUUUAACUGUGUUUUUUAAAACAAAUCCAUCAUGUUCUUGUUUUUUUUUUGUUUUAGCCUACUUAAAAUAAUGAAUGAAUGAAUGAAUGAAUACUCAUCAUUUUUACAGGGCUGCAGAACUUAUGAACGUUUUUCAGUGCCUGAAAUGUUUGUAAAAUUAAAAUUAAAACUUUCUGAUAUGAUAGCUCACAAAGCAAUUAACCAGGAAGUAUUUUUGUAUGCAAAUUGACAGACCAAUGCAAGAAUUAUGAGAGCUUAUAAAUUGUAUUCUCGCUAAACUGGUCCUUAGCUGCAUAGCAGUUGAUGGUUAAAGUUGGUUCAUUUUACAUAUAUUAUUUUGGUGAGCAAAUAAUGAUGGUUGCUCUUGAUUUUGUCCUUUGCUGCUGCUGAUCAGAAACCUGUGAUUUUGAAAUAAAAUCAAACAUUUUAAGACAAACUUCCAAAUAUUUGUAUUGUUAACCUUGGAAAUAUCUGCAAUUGUCCGAAAUUGUUUUUAUUACAAUUAUAUUUAAAACUCCAGGUUAUGACAAGCAAAAAAGUGCUAUAAUUACUGUAAGUGUGUGUGUGUGUGUCUAGCCACUGGCCUGACAAAAUUAGUCAUUGUAUGUUUCAGUCUCUCCAUGGUGUGUUUCUGUGAAAAACAAUGGUAGCCUAUAGCACGUGUGUCAGCAUGCUCCGACAGAUGUUUAAAGGAUUUGGAGUAAGAGUGGUGUGGAAAAUAGCCCACAGGUCCUGUAUAGCAUUUUAUCUUUGGUUUGUUGUUAAAAACUAUACUGCAUAAGCACUGGAAUCCUGGCAGUCUUUUUUCUUUGUGUUAAAUAUAUAAUUAUUUUAUGAGACUACUUUUAUUAUAAGUAAGAACAGCUGUAUUGUGCAUUAUAAACCAAAUCACAUUUGUGUAUCAGCAACUUAGUAUAAAAUUAAUCCAAUAGAAAUAUUAAAUCUGCACAAUCUGCAUGUAGAGGUAAUACAUUUUAGUUAGUUGUGUGUAGAUUAUGAACAACAUGUAAAUUAUAAAGAC